AGUCGAUUUAGUCAUCUAGUACGACAAAGUAAAAAGGUUCUUGAUUUGAGCAACAUCCUAAAGAAAUAAGAGACAACCGGUAAAGAAAAAUUGGGCAUAUAUAACAUUAGCGAAAAAAAUUAUGAAUAGAGUAAAGGAGUUAACGAAAAUAUUCACGACUGGAAACUCGUUGAAGAGUUCAGCUACUGUUUUAUUAUAUAUUUUAGUGAUUUUAACUACAGAAGCCAAUAUCGGAAAAACCGAAGAAAAGUCUUUCACUGAAAUGGCUCCAUCAUUCAGUGAAGAUGAACAUUCUAAAAUCAUUGCUACCGCUGAUUCUGUAGAGGAAAUAUUAUCUACAACAUCUGACCUAUCUUUAACAGAUUCCGAAAUAAAGCAAUUGAGUGAUUUCACCUCUGGCUGGUCUAUAGAAACUCCAAGUACUAUUGAAAAUGAUAUUAUUGCAAACAGUACUGCAAUUUACUCUUCAAAUUCUUUAUCAAUAACUAAUUCAUUCAUUACAAAUAAUUUAAAUGACACCCAAGAAUCGACACAAAUACUGAAUGGUUCACAGCCAGAGAGUAAUUUAUCCAUUCAAAGCUCAACUUUGACUGAAACUAACGUUGUUAAUGAAACUUAUGAUUCUUCAGUGCUCGAAAUUUUAUCGUCAACUAAUGAGUUUAAAGUUGAAUCAUCUUCUAUUGAUUUGGAGGAAAAUAAAACAUUGAGCACAACUUUUCCGAAUAGUAUGUCAUCUAUUCAGGAGUUUUUAAAUCAAACAAGUCAUCAAAAUAUGUCUGAAGUUGAGACAGAGAAAGAGUCUUCUUUAUCCACAUUAACUUAUGAAACAUUGUCUGUAAACGUAACCAUUUCGCCUACUAGUACACUUGAAAGUGAGCCUUCAUUUUCAAAUGUUCUAAACGAUACACUUUCGCCAAGUAUGCUUAUAUCAUCGAGUGAAAUAAUGGAGAGCGUAUCUACGUCUUCAGUUGCAUUCAACAAUUCAUUGUCAUCAACAGUUCUAAUUUCACCAUCCGAGCCACUGGAAAGUGAAUCUUCAUCUUCAGCUUCUUAUAACAAUACCAUGUCUGUUAACGACUCUAUAUUACCAAGUGAAGUAACAGAAAGUUAUUCUCCUAAUUCAACAUUGUAUAACAAUACUGCGUCUGUAGACAACACUAUUUCACCUACGGAAACAAUUGAAAUUAAAAACGACACUUUUUCAACAUUCGAAAUGUUCACUGCUACUGAUUUAGAUACAAGCUUUGUCGAGUUCUCAUCUAAUAGUGAUGUGUCAUUGGCAGCAUCUUCUAUAUUCGACUCUGAUGGUAUAUCUACUGUAACGCAGGACACAAUAUCUGUUUCUCCAACGUCAUCAGUAGGUAAGGGAUUCACUUUGGAGUCAUUUAGUCAUCUCAGAGCAAUGAUAAUUGCUUCAAUUUAUGUAGACCCCUGCUUGGAAAAUUCUUGCCUAAAUGGAGGAUUAUGCAUUGCAAAUUUGAACAGUACUUUUCAAUGUAUUUGUCCUAGAGGUUGGAUGGGGCAAAAUUGUUCUAUUGAUGUUAAUGAAUGUGAAUCUGCUAAUAAUUGCAAUAUCGAUACUACGACAUGUGUAAACAUACCCGGGUAUUAUAUGUGUCAAUGCAAACAAAAUUAUCAUCGAAUUGGAGAAUUUAAUUGUAGAAGAAUAGUCGUUUGGCCCUAUGCCUUGUCUAAAAAUUCAUCUAGAUUUACAUCUGAUGACGAAAUAGAGGGACCAUUUAUUUUUGAAAAGGGUUUUCCGUUUUUCGGCAAAUUUUUCUCUAGUAUAUAUAUAAGCAUGAAUGGUUAUAUAACAUUUGAUGAAAAAAUUGGAAUUAUCAACCCUUAUUCAAAUAACUUUUUUCCUGAAACUCUUCCUUUUCUGGCUAUUUAUUGGACAGAUAUUGAUUCGUCGGCCGGUAACGGUAGCCUUUAUGUGGAUCACCUUGUUGAUUUUAACACGACUUACGGACAGGAUAUUAUGGAUAGGUUAAAUAUAUCGCAAGUACCAUUUGAACCUACGGAAGUCCUUAUAGCCACUUGGGAAAAUGUUUCUCCGUAUCCUCAAAAUUUGUACAGUGAUCAGAAUGCCACGUUUCAAGUUAUAAUCGCCACAGACUUAUAUCAGAGCUAUGCGAUAUUUAACUAUGAACAAGAUCGUAUGCUUUGGUCUCCAAAGUCGCAACCUAGAAGAUUUACUGUAGGUGCUUAUGAUGGGUUAAAGAAGAAGAUUCCACUCGAUAUGGAUUUUUAUAGGCCUGAUUUGUAUUCUAAUAUAGAUGUGAACGGGACGUUUCAUAUAAAAUUGGGUAACAGUAGUGUUCGGUAUGAUGUCUGCGAAAACUUGAAGAGUUUAGAAUUUGCUUCAUAUUCAUGCCCUUGUAAUAGAGCACUAGCUGAACUUGAUAAAGAAUUUAAAUUGAUAAGUAAUAAUUGCUUUGAUUCUGUUUUUUCGAAAAAUCAAAUAAUUCAAAAAUGUUGCUACGACGGCGAAUUCCUCCUCCAAGGCUAUCCUGAUGGAGGAUAUCCGCGCCAGAAUAAAAAUGAGGAAAAUCUUAAAGAUAAAUGUUGUCAAGAAAAACCUUCUUGUGCAAAUUUGUACAAGAGCAGACCUUCAGAUACGUGCAAAGAUUAUAAUCCUCCAAAAGCAGCUGGAAUAUUCAGUUGCUCCAAUAUAACCAAUUUUGAUGGAAUUUCUUAUACACUAAAUAGUUCUGGAGAAUAUGACUUUUAUAAAACUAAUGAAAGCUGGGAAAAUGAUCUAAAUAUUCAAGUACGCUUUCAAUCAACUGCCGACCUCAAAAAUAAUAGUUGCUAUCUAUUAAAAGCAAUUGUUGUACAGGGUUUAAAUUCACCGAAAAUAGAAGUGAGAGCAUCAUCGUCUAAAAAUAGAGUGAUGAUUGCAAUUGAUGAUCAAUCGUUUGACGAAAUGAAUAAGACCCAUCCUAACAUGAAACUUAACAAAAAAGAAGGCUCAAUAGAACUGUUUUAUAAAAAAGGAACUUACAUUGAACUGAAGAUACUUGAACAUUCUCUUAAUUUUUUUAUUGAAAGUAAAUAUAACAGAACGGACCUCGUCACUGGUUUAGUUAACGAAAAAGAAAACUUUAUGAAAUGGAGUCUACUCAAUUCAACAACUUUAUUUAAUUAUACAUUUGAUGGUCACAAUAAAACUUUCUCAGACUUUAAUAAAGAUUUAUCAGAUUAUCCUGAAGCGAAAAUUGAAAACAUAAACAUAACACAAUCGGAAACUGCUAGGACGAUUUGCAGUAUCUUUAAGCCUUGUUAUCCCUCUGUUGUCUGCACAGAUGAAACCAAUGGCUAUCAAUGUGGGUCUUGUCCAGCAGGAAUGAAAGGAACAGAUGGAAUUAAGUGCUUCAAUGAAGAUCAAUGUGCUAUACGGAAUCCCUGUGAGCAACAUUGCCAAAACAAUGAAACAUCCUAUAUAUGCUCUUGUUCUCCAGGAUAUAAUCAAGUUGGUCAUAAAUGCACAGAUAUUAAUGAAUGUACUGAAGGUUGGAAAGGAGAGAAAGUUUGCACUAAGGAAGGGGAAUAUUGCACGAAUUCACUUGGGAGUUAUUCGUGUCACUGUAGGGCACAGUGGUUUAGGAAUGGAGACAAUAUAUGCCAAAAAAUUUCCAAGAGAUUUUCGGGGCAAGUUAAGAGUUCUCUUUUUAUGGUUAAACCUGGCGUUUACUUAAAUUGGAAUAAUAAUAUGAAAACCUCGGAUUCUCAAGACUUUCAAAUAAUGAAAAGAACAAUCGAAUCAAACUCCUCAGACAUAUCACUCUUUUUCAAGUCAAAAUACGAAAAAGAAUUUUCUGGGAUACUCCUCACUUCACUUCAGAAUGGAAGUAUUAUAGUUAAAUUUGAUAUUUUGUUUAAUGAUUUAAACAAUCAAGACCUGAAUGCAACAAGUAUAUCAAAAGAUUUUAUGUCAUAUACUCAACAUUGCCAUGUUGGUGAUGGGCCCAAAUGUAUUAGAGGUGAAUUUUAUGGUCUUGAUAAAUCAGCUACAACUGCCGGAGCUAAAGAUUUAUGCAUAAAAUCAAGCGACAAUGAUUGUGAUUAUACCUCAACUAAUUGUUCCACAAAUGAAUACGGAAGCUUUUUAUGUACCUGUAAAACAGGCUAUGAAGCCUACAAAGGACAAUCCAACAUCUGCAAAGACAUAAAUGAAUGUUUAAGAGAAGACCAAUACAUCUGUCCAGCAAAUAGCACCUGCUUAAACUUACCUGGAUCCUUUAAAUGUCCUUGCAAUCCUUCUUAUAAGUGGAAUGCUGUCGAACUUUCAUGCGACAAGCUUUGUCAUAAAGAUACCUGCAAAAACGGCGGAGAAUGCAAGAAAACUGAUGAUGGAGAAUCUAUCGUCUGCAAGUGUACGAAAGACUGGAAAGGACCAUUCUGCGAAGAAGAGAUAGAAAGUUCAGACAAAUGGAAAACUAUUACAAUAGCAGUUGGAGCGGCACUUGGAGGAAUAUGCUUUUUGUUUUUGAUAAUAAUAAUAUGUAUAUGCGUAAGGUAAAUUAACAAUUCUAUAAUUAAUUACGAUAGACUAACACAUUUAUCAAAUAUUAUAAUAUAUCGAAAAUCCUACGGUAUAAAAUGGCAACAUAGAGCUAUUCACUCUUACGCCUUCCUUAGACAUAAGAAAGAAGACGCUUAUCAACAUCAAGGCGAUAUCAAUGUUGAACACUGGGCACCAGCAAGCGCAACUGGCACAGCAAUCACAAGUAAUAGUAAUGGUGCCCUCUAUGACGAUAAGCAGCAGCAUCAUGUUGAUGGAGUUCGAAAUCCAGCUUACGACGGAUCGAGUGUUAAAGACCUUGGUAGAGAAUAUUUUUAAAAAAACUUUAUUAAUAAUUGAAUUGCAGUCUUAAAAAAAAGUUUUAUAUUAGCAAAUUUGCAGUUACAAUAAAGAGUGAAAUAGCUGCAUGUAUAUUAAACAUGCUCAAAACUCUUAUGCCUAUUUUGUAUUUUAUGAAAUCAUAAACAAAUAAAAUAUCUUAAAUACCAAAUAA